AUGUUGGGGUGAGGCAGGGAGCCAGCCAAAGCACCCCUCGGGUGGGAGCACCGCCAAGGUAACAUGCGAAAGCAAAACCUCAUCGCGCUGCUUUCUGCCCUGUCGCUGGCCAGAGGAUCUGCCGGGAACGGCUCUGAAAGUGAUGGUUCAGGAGAUGGAUCGCCAAUAUUAUCCACCGUUACAGUAACGCCGCCUCCUGCUACGCGUUCUUCGACCGCUGAUGACCAUGAGCUGGUACUUGUCACUGUAGGCGCUACUGAAAGCAGCUCUGAAACAAACAGUGUUCCAAGUACUGAACUGAAUGCCAUGAACAAUCAGGAGAGCCUAGAAGCAAAGGAACAGUCUAUCUUGUUAUACGUUGCCCCCAUCGCACUGCUGGUCCUGCUGAUAUUGCUGAUCAUUUUUUUCGUAAUACAUCAUAAAAGGAAAAAGUCUAAGCAAGAUGAGCUGGGAAGUGAAAAUGUGAAAAGUCCUAUUUUUGAAGAAGACACGCCCUCUGUUAUGGAGAUAGAAAUGGAAGAGCUUGAUAAAUGGAUGAACAGCAUGAACAAAAAUGCUGACUGUGAAUGUUUGCCUACUGUAAGAGAAGAAGAAAAAGAAUCAAUUGUCAACCCAAG